CUCUUGCUCGCACAGUCGCACCACCUUACUUGUUUGCUAUACUCUUGUGCAGCCUCCGCAGGCCACCCCACUACCGGCAAGGCGCGCGCACCGACAACAUGGCGCCCAUGCCCGCGGCGUGCGUCCACGUUGAGUCCCUGCAGACGGCCGUGCCGAUGCGCGCAGUGGAGCCCGGGCGGACGCGCCCCGUCGCCGUGGCCGCGCCCCCGCUCCCCGCGGCCGUGCUGCAGCGGCGCACCCGCGUGGUGCUCUACUACCGCGCGGGCGCGGAUGGGUCGCGGCUGUGGGAGGAGGCGCUGUGGGCGAAGGAGUCGCUGAGCGAGGCCCUGGCCAACCACCCGGAGAUGGCCGGCCGGCUCCGGCGCCGCGCGGACGGGUCGUGGGAGGUGAAGCUGAACGACGCCGGCGCGAGGUUCGCGCGGGCGACGGCGGAGGUGACCGUGGAGGAGUUCCUGGCGGCGACCAGGUACGAUAAGGACCGGCGGGCGCGCUGGGAGGCCGCGUUGGCGCCGUGGGCCGACGUGAACGCCGAGGACCCCGACAUGUGCGCCCUUUUCUACCUGCAGGUGACACGGUUCCAGGGUGACGGGGGAUACGCCGUCGGCGUGAGCUGCAGCCUGAUGCUGUGCGACCCGCUGUCGCUGGCGAGGUUCCUCCUGUCGUGGGCGCGGACGCACGAAGAGACGAAGGCUCAGAACGGGCUCGUCACCAACCCGCUGAUGCAGUACGCGAGCUACUUCCAUCGCCCGGACGCCAUGGCCGUGCGCGCGCUCAUCAAGUCCAUCCCCCUCGACACCUUCGCCGACGCCGCCGGCCACGCCGCCGAGACCGUCCUCUUCAGGGCCAGAGCCAGAGCCACCACCAGUACGGGUGCGCCCGACCACCACGCGCUCGCCAGCGCCUGCGUCGGCGAGGCGAGCGAGAGGCUCGGCGCAGACAAGGUGCCGCCGCGGUUCUCGGUCGUCGUCGUCACCGGGGACAGUAUGGGUGGGAUGAGCAUCGAGACGUGCUCGGCGGACGACCAGCCGGGGCGCGGCGGCUGCAGGCAACACAAGGUUGAGGUUGCGCAGUGGCAGGAGCUUGGGCUGGAGGAGCUGGUGCUCAGGGACAGCAAGCCCGUGCACGUAUCUUACAGCAUCGUGACUACCGGUGGAGAUGAAGGGCUUGUGGGCGUAAAGCCCAACGGUGCCGGUGACGAGUUCCUGGUGGUGGCAACCGUUCCGUAGUAAAGAUAUAUAUCUCUACUUGAUUCAUACCAUCAUCUAUUAUCUCCACUAUUUUUCUAUUUAAUAAAAUCCUUAAAAUUUUAAUAAUUUAUCUACUUUUAUUAUAUAUACUUUUCCUUCACAUUCCCCACCUUGUGACCGGCUAUAAAUAUAAGACUCGAUUUACUAAUAAAAAUAAAUGAUAAAAUUAGGAGAGAAAUUAGAGGAUAAUCUUCUCCUCUUUUUUCAGAUUUUAUCUGAAAUCAAACCACGAUAUCGCUCUUGACAUA